UUGUCAGAGUUGUCAUUUUGUCAGUGAAUACGAGUAAUAAAGCGUUGUUAGUUGUUGUCGAGUUGUAAAAUUAAAACCAUCGUGAUCUAUUUACAGAUACUUUGGUAAUUGGAUGUCUAUUUAAAAUCAAACUACUGGUAUGAAACGUAGUUUCGGAGCUAUGAAUUCAUCCAUCGAAAUAAGUUCCUAUCGUGACCAACACUUUAAGGGCUCCCGUAGUGAGCAAGAAAAGUUAUUGAAAACGUCAUCAACACUCUACGUGGGGAACCUGUCGUUUUAUACUACAGAAGAACAAAUUUAUGAAUUAUUUUCACGAUGUGGUGAUAUUAGAAGAGUAAUAAUGGGUUUAGAUAAGUACAAAAAGACUCCUUGUGGUUUUUGCUUUGUGGAAUAUUACACCAGACAAGAUUCAGAAAAUUGUAUGAGGUACAUAAAUGGUACUAGACUUGACGACCGAAUCAUCCGUUGUGAUUGGGAUGCAGGAUUUAUUGAAGGCAGACAGUAUGGAAGAGGAAAAACUGGAGGACAGGUUCGAGACGAGUACAGAACAGAUUAUGAUGGGGGCAGAGGUGGCUAUGGAAAAAUCAUUGCACAAAAAAUUGUUCCAGCCCCAAUGGAACGCUGAUAAAAUUAUUAAGUGAUGUGAAGACCUUGCUUUAUCAUAAGCUCAGAACUUUAAGGAAGACUGUGAAACAUGUUUUACUAGUGACUGUGUUCAAUUACAUCUGAGUGUG